CCUGAUUGCUAUAGGGAGUAAUAUCAAGGGGAUGUGACGCAAUGUUAUGGAAGCCGCCAUUUUGUACGGAAGCCGAGGUUCAAAAACUUCCAUAGCAAGCAAUCGAAAGAAGAUGGCGGCUCCCAUGAUUGUGAGGAAGGCCUGCACUGGGGAGGGGCAAGGGAAAUUCGGUCGAAAAUGAGAUAAACCUGAAGCAAAUGAAAUUGGCACGGAGGCUUGGAACCUAGUUUGAUUUAAGCAGUCUUAGAAAAGUGGUUCGUCCGGCGCCUAAGGGGCGGAGCCGAAGCGUCGAGCUGCUUUGCGCGUGCGCAACACCUAGGCGGUUAGAUUUGAAUACUUCACUGAGGCAAGCUGGGCGUUGUGGAGUGAAGGCGAGAGGCGGCGGUGACUUUCCGCUCUGAGAAGCGUGUAGACCCCCAGACAAGUCUGCACAAAAUUUGUCGGGCGGGUGAGCCGCCGCAGAAGAGUUUUCUUCAAAAAUGGAUGGGGUGUCUUCAGAGGCUGGUGAAGAAAAUGACAAUAUAGAGAGACCUGUUAGAAGACAGCAUUCUUCAAUUUUGAAACCCCCAAGAAGUCCUCUUCAGGACCUCAGAGGUGGGAAUGAAGCAGUUCAGGAAUCCAAUGCUUUGAGAAAUAAGAAAAAUUCACGUCGAGUCAGCUUUGCAGAUACUAUAAAGGUAUUCCAGACAGAGUCUCAUAUGGAAAUAGUGAGAAAGUCAGAAAUGGCAGAAACAGAAGCAGGAGAAAGUCUCUUGACACAGAAUAAGAAAUUAGAAGAUAACGACUGUGAAAUUACUGGGAUGAACACAUUGCUUUCUGCUCCCAUUCAUACCCAGAUGCAACAGAAGGAGUUUUCAGUUAUAGAACAUAACCAUGAAAGGAAACAUGCAGAUGACCAGACAGUCAUCUUUUCAGAUGAAAACCAGAUGGAUCUGACAUCAAGUCACACUGUAAUGAUUACCAAAGGCCUUUUAGAUAAUCCCAAAAGUGAAAAGCUCACGAAGAUAGAUACCACAUCAUUUCUAGCUAAUUUAAAGCUUCACACUGAGGACUCAAGAAUGAAAAAAGAAUUAAAUUUUUCCAUGGAUCGAAACACUUCUUCAGAAAAGAAAAUAAAUUUCAAUGACUUCAUAAAAAGAUUGAAAACAGGAAAAUAUAAUGCUUUUCCUAAUGGGCCUGAUAAAGAAAAUUUUGAGAUACCUGUUUAUUCUGAUGAAUCACAUAGCGCCUCUUCUACACGUCAAAUGCGUGUAUCUCUUAAUGAAGAUGAGAAUAACAGUAAUAUUACUAGGAUCUUUAGAGAAAAAGAUGAUGGGAUGAAUUUCACUCAGUGUCAUACAGCGAAUAUUCAGACAUUGAUUCCCACAUCCAGGGAGACCAACUCACAGGAAUCUAAAGGUAAUGAUUAUACAAUCUAUGGCAGUGAUGUUAUGGACUUGACAUUGAACCACACUAUACAGAUUUUACCCGCAACAGAUAAUUUUUCUAAAAUAGAAAAUCAAACUCAGAAUGCCAUAAUGGAUGUAACAACAGGUUACGGGACUAAAGCUUCAGGAAAGAAAACAAUUUUUAAGAGUAAACAAAAUGCUGCUUUUCAAGACCCUUCCAUAAACCCUGCAGACAAAAUACAUAUUACCAAAGGUCAUACUAUGGGAGCGGAAACUCAUAUAGUCUCACAUACUUGUAAUCAAGAUGCCAGAAUAUUAGCCAUGACCCCAGAAUCUAUGUGUUCUAAUUCAGCUAUUCAAGGUUGUAAGAAAGUUUUCUAUUCCAGUCGUAAUGAUACCAUGGAAAUGACCAAGUGUCUCUCAAGUAUGAGAGAAGAGAAAAAUUUGCUAAAGCAUGACAGUAAUUAUUCUAAAAUAUAUUGCAAUCCAGAUGCUAUGUCUUGUCUCACAGAGAAAACUAUUUAUUCUGGAGAGGAGAACAUGGAUAUCACCAAGAGUCACACGGUUGCAAUAGAUAAUCAGAUUUUUAAACAAGAUCAAUCAAAUGUUCAGAAAGCAGCUGCACUACCACCUGAAAAAGAAAUGAUGCUCCAAAAUCACAUGACCACAUCAGAAGAUGGGAAAACAAAUGUAAAUUGUAACUCAGUUCCUCUUGUAUCUAAGGAAAGAAUACAGCAGAGCUUGUCAAAUAUUUUACCAAUUUCAUUGACUGAUAGAAAGACUGAACUUUUAGCAGUUGAAGAUAUGGAUUUGACCGAAAGUCACACAAGUAACUUAGGAAGUCAGGUUCCUCUUGCAAGUUACAGUCCAGCACCAGAGAAUACCAGUGAAUCUCACUCUCACAGCAAAAGCUGUUCACAUAAAUGUCAAAAAAUGACCAAAAGUCAUACCGAACCAUUUCAACAACCAGACAUAAUAUCUAAAAACAGCCUAACUGAUGCCGGCAACAAAGACAAAGAGCAGAUUUUGAAUAUUUUGUCAUACCUUGAUAAAGAUUUUCCUCAGUCAGCUGAUUGUAAUCAGGACAUGGCAAUAAGCCAUAAUAUAGUGUACUCUGGUGGAGUUCUUGAAAAACAAGUAGCUAAUAGAAAUACAGUUUCAUGUGAACAAUCUUUGUUUUCUACUAGAAAGCAAUUCUUUUCAUCAGGACAAUCUUCUAUGAAAAUUCAUAAUACUACUAUUAGUAGUCAUACAGUGAAGUCUCUACUAGGUCAGAAUUCUAAACUGCCUGAGCCACUGAGGAAAAGUUUAAGUAAUCCCAUACCUGACUAUUGUCAUGACAAGAUGAUUAUGUGUUCCGAGGAAGAGCAAAAUAUGGAUCUAACGAAGAACCACACUGUUGUCAUUGGAUUUGGUCCUUCUGAACUACAAAAACUUGGUAAAACUAAUUUAGAACACACUAUUAGCCAGCUAACAACAGCAAGCAGACAGACAGCUGUAAAAGUUGAAAAAUGUGGUAAAAGUCCCAUAGAAAGAAGUGGAAUACUUAUAUCUAACAGUAUUAUGGAUGUAUUAAAGGAUGAAAGUGUACAGAAACCUGAAUUUCCUGAGGAAAAGCAAAAUAUUAAAAUUUGGGGAAGGAAAAGUGUUGGCGGACUAAAAAUUGAUAAGACUAUUGUAUUUUCAGAAGAUAAGAAUGAUAUGGAUAUCACUAAGAGCUGUACAGUGGAAAUAAGCCAUAGACCUUUAUUAGAUAAACAUGAUUGUCAUUUGGUGCCAUUGGCAGGAACUUCUGAAACUAUUUUAUAUACAUGUGGGCAGGAUGACAUGGAAAUCACUAGAAGUCACACAACUGCCUUAGGAUGUGAAACUGUCUUACCAGAUGAAAUAACUUCUAGGCCUAUGGACAAAACUGUAUCGUUUGUAGAUAAUCAUGAUGAACUAGAAAUGACAAAGUCCCAUACUGUUUUCAUUGACUACCAAGAAAAGGAAAGAACUGUGCUUCCAAACAGACCUAACUUUGAACUAUCCCAAAGGAAAAGCCUAGGAGCACCAAAAGUGUUAUGUACUCCUACUGAGGAGAGUGUUUUCUUGCCAGAAAAUGGUGAAAGUGACGGUCUAGUAGCAAGUGACAGCCAGCUAACACCUCUGGAGGAAUGGUCUAAUAAUAGAGGUCCUAUAGAGGUUGCUGAUAACAUGGAAGUAUCUAAAUCAACCACUUGGGAAGACUUCAAAGAUGUACAAAAUCCUGGAUUUCUGAAUGAACCUCUGUCAGCCAAAAGUCAGAGAAGAAAAAGCCUUAAGCUAAAAAAUGACAAGACCAUUGUAUUUUCAGAGAAUGAUAAAAAUGAUAUGGAUAUUACCCAGAGUUGUAUGGUGGAAAUAGAUAACAAAAGUGCCCUGGAGGAUAAAGAGGACUUCCAUUUGGUGCCUUUGGCGGGGGCUUCUAAAACUAUUUUGUAUUCAUGUGGGCAGGAUGACAUGGAGAUCACUAGAAGUCACACAACUACCUUAGAAUGUAAAACUGUCUUGCCAAAUGAAAUAGCUAUUAGGCCCAUGGACAAAACUGUAAUAUUCACAGAUAAUCACAGUGAUCUGGAUGUCACCACAUCCCAUACUGCUUUUAUUGAAUGUCAAGCCACAGAGAAAAUACUUGAAGAGAACCCUAAUUUUGGAAUAGCAAAAGGAAAAAACUUGGGUGUUUCCUUUCCUAAGGAUAAUAGCUAUGUUCAAGAAAUCGCUGAAAAACAAGCACUGGGUGUAGAAAACAAAAUUGUAGACCAGGCCUAUACAUUGGAAAAAGCCCAAAUUGAAAGCUGUCAGUUAAAUAAUAGAGAUAGAAGAAAUGUAGAUUUUACAAGCAGUCAUGCAACUGCUAUUUGUGGAUCCAGUGAUAAUAAUUCCUGUUCUCCAAAUGUUAUUAACUAUACUGAUAAUUUGGAGGGUAGUGCCAUGCCCUUAUGUGAUAAAGAUAAGGAAAAAGCCAAUAAUUGCCCAGUGCAGAAUGAUCUUGCACCAAUAUGUGAAAACAAGCCUAAAAUGCUCAAUAAUGAGAAGUGGUUUGCUGAAGCCUAUAAAAAAAAACUGAAGGAAAAUACUCAAACAACUAACUGUAAUACAGCUCUUGAUUUCCACAGUAACUCAGACUUGGCUAAGCAAGUCAUUCAAACUCAUGUGAAUGCUGGAAAAGCACCAGAUCCUGCAAUGACAUGUAAUAUUCACUGUUUUCAUAGAGUCAAACCAAAUCUGAAUGAUCUGAAUGGAAAAACUAAAGCUUUUCAAACUGUUCAGGUACCGCCUCCUCCAGAGCAAUUACUUGAAUUGGGAAAUAAGGCACACAAUGGUUUGAGUGUAGUACAAGCUUCAGAAAUGUUUAAUAUUAACAUAAUCUUCAGCAAUGCUAAAGAUAGUAGAGAUGAAGAAAAUAAAAAGACUAGUAAUGGAGCUGAAACCACCUCUCUACCAUUAAAGACAGUUGUUAAAGAUAAAGUGAGGAGAUGUUCUUUGGGAAUCUUUUUGCCUAGAUUGCCAAACAAGAGAAAUUGCAGUGUCACUGGUAUUGAUGACCUGGAACAGAUUCCAGCAUACACAACUGAUUUAAAUCACUUAGAAACUCAGCCAGUCUCUAGCAAAGAUUCAGGCAUUGGAUCUGUUGCAGCUAAACUGAACCUAAGUCCUUCUCAAUAUAUAAAUGAGGAAAAUCUUCCUAUAUAUCCUGAUGAGAUCAAUUCCUCAGACUCUAUUAACAUAGAAACUGAGGAAAAGGCUUUGACUGAGACAUACCAAAAAGAGAUUUCACCAUAUGAAAAUAAAAUGGAGAAAACUUUCAAUAGCCAAAAAAGAACCUGGGUACAAGAAGAAGAAGAAGAUACACAGAAGGAGAAAAAAAUCAGAAAAAAUGAGAUUAAGUUUAGUGAUACUGCACAAGAUCAGGAGAUUUUUGAUCACCAUACUGAAGAGCAUAUAGAUAAAAAUGCUAACAGUGUAUUGAUAAAAAGCCUGAGCAGGACCCCAUCUAGUUGCAGCAGCUCUCUGGAUUCGAUCAAGGCUGAUGGGACCUCCCUGGACUUUAGCACUUACCGCAGUAGUCAAAUGGAAUCACAGUUUCUCAGAGAUACUAUUUGUGAAGAGAGCUUGAGGGAGAAACUCAAAGAUGGGAGAAUAACAAUAAGAGAGUUCUUUAUACUUCUCCAGGUCCACAUCUUGAUACAGAAACCCCGACAGAGCAAUCUUCCAGGCAAUUUUACCAUAAACACACCGCCUACUCCAGAAGACCUGUUGUUAAGUCAAUAUGUUUACCGACCCAAGAUACAGAUUUAUAGACAAGAUUGUGAAGCUCGUCGCCAACAGAUUGAAGAGUUAAAGCUUUCUGCAUCGAACCAAGAUAAACUGUUGGCUGAUAUAAAUAAGAACCUGUGGGAAAAAAUGAGACACUGCUCUGACGAAGAGCUACAGGACUUUGGAAUUUACCUUAACAAAAUAAAAUCACGUUUCACCAAGAUGACUAAAGUCUUCACUCACCAAGGAAAAGUGGCUUUGUAUGGCAAGCUGGUGCAGUCAGCUCAGAAUGAGAGGGAGAAACUUCAGACAAAGAUAGAUGAGACGGAUAAAAUACUUAAGAAGAUCGAUAACUGUCUCACUGAGGUGGAAAUAGAAACUAAGAAUUUGGAGAAUGAAGAGAAAGACAAUCUUGUGGAAGAAUGGGACUCUGAAAUGAGAACUGCAGAGAAAGAACUGGAACAGCUGAAAACUGAGGAAGAGGAGUUUCAAAGAAAUCUCUUAGAACUGGAGGUACAAAAAGAGCAGACCCUUGCUCAAAUAGACUUUAUGCAAAAACAAACAAAUAGAACUGAAGAGCUACUGGAUCAGUUGAGCUUGUCUGAGUGGGAUGUUGUUGAGUGGAGUGAUGAUCAAGCUGUAUUCACCUUUGUUUAUGACUCGAUAGAACUCACCAUUACCUUUGGAGAGUCAGUUGUUGGUCUCCCUUUCCUGGACAACCGUUAUGUAAGGAAGAUUAUUGAUGUGAAUUUUCAAUCUCUGUUAGAUGAGGAUAAAGCUCCUCCUUCCUCCCUUUUAGUUCAUAAGCUUAUUUUCCAGUACAUUGAGGAAAAGGAAUCCUGGAAGAAGACAUGUACAACACAGCAUCAGGUACCCAAGAUGCUUGAAGAAUUCUCACUGGUAGUGAACCACUGCAGACUCCUUGGAGAGGAGAUUGAGUAUUUAAAGACAUGGGGACCAAAUUAUAACCUAAUGAACAUAGAUGUUAAUAAUAUUGAAUUGAAACUUUUAUUCUCUAGCUCUGCAGCAUUUGCAAAGUUUGAAAUAACUUUGUUUCUAUCAGCCCAUUAUCCAUCUGUACCAUUACUUUUCACCAUUCAGAAUCAUAUUGGGAACACUAGCCAAGAUGAUAUUGCUACCAUUCUGUCUAAAGUGCCCCUGGAGAACAACUACCUGAAGAAUGUAGUCAAGCAAAUUUACCAAGAUCUGCUUCAGGACUGCCACUUCUACCACUAGACCCUUGGACCACCAUUAGAACAACCCAGUGGAAUGUCGUCGAUAUUAUGUCAGGAUCCCAUUGCUCUGUAGCCUUUGUCUUUAGGUCAUUACAAGCUGAGUAAAAUUCCUUCUGAUGAUGUUAUAGUUAAUCUGUAUGCUUUUUAGAUCUCUGCAGAAUGAUGGUGAUGAAGACUGGAAUGAUGAAAGGCCUAUUAUCAACUUAUUCAUCUUUGUACCAAAGGUUUAAGUAAUAGGACACUGAGGAAAAAUUUCUCCUAAUUAAACUAGUGCUUUCUGCUUUAGUACAAGCCCUAAGGAUUAACUUUUAAGA